GGGAAGAACACGCAAGGACUUGGACUAGCUAUAUUCAUUUUUAACCUGGCAUAUUUCGUCAUAUAGAAACUGGGUACUGGUGCUAGUACUGUUUAUGUCACCUAAACUAGAUUCUUGAACUGCGUUGUGUAAAGCUUACUUAGAUUUUAUUUAUCGGUACGUGCUCGUGGUCUGUAGAUUGUAUGAUCUGUACGUCGUUGUCACGAGCGUUUCUCGUCAUCUCCGCAAGCGUUAUUCCGAAGUGAAAUCGAUUCUCUGAAAAUCAAAACAAAAAGAUGUCGAAUUUACACAGUGGGUAUAUGUUCGAAGAUCUUGUUGCGGACCCUGAUGAGCGGCGCAAGGCUGAUGAAUUCAAAUGCGCGGUGUGCUACAGUCUCUGGGACAAUCCUGUGCAGACUCCGGAUUGCAGUCACAUCUUUUGCAAGACGUGCGUGGAAGAUCAGCUCGCAUGUCCGACCUGCCGCAUGCCCUUCGGGGGCGACAAAAGACCUACACCGCUGCAGCAAUCGAAUCCGUUUGUUCUCCGGCAGGUUAACGCGGUGCAGGUAUAGAAAAUAGUGACGCUGAGCCGCUUUUCAUUUCAGUAUUAUAGGCGAAGAGCUUAUUUCGAAUUUCCAUUGCAACGUCAACUUCUUCCAGGUGAUUUGUCCCAAUUCGAGAAGGCAACCAGAUUCAGGGGACGCUGAAGGCAGUGCAGGGGGCGGGGCCGGAGAGCCGCUUUCGAAGAGGGCCAAAAUCGCAAAACCAUUCGCAGUCUCUGGUUCUUCUUCAAGGGCUCUCUGUGAUGAAUCCGAUGUGACUUUAUCCUGCGUUCCCUGUGGAGGUGCAGGUGGCGAUUCGGUUUCAUCUUUGUCAAACCCCUAUCGCCCAGACACAUGCUCAGCGGCUUGUCUGUGGUCUGGAUCUUACGGAGACUUGCUGGCCAAGCACUUGGGAGAGUGCGCGUAUCAAGAGAUCGACUGCCCGCGAGGCUGUGGCGAGCGGAUGCAACGCAAAGACAGAAGUGCGCAUGAGUCUGUCUGUGCAAAGUUGUUUGCCGAGUGUUCGAUUUGUGGGGACAAGAUGCGGCCUAAGGAACUGGAGCAGCAUCGGCGAUCGAAAGCGGAGCUUCAUGUCCAAAUUUUGGAAAGAAAGUUUCAGGACGCGAAUCCCGUACUUCUGGAGUUGCGGAAAAUCUCGCAGAAGCAGGAGGCGAUCGACGAGUGUAUGAAUGAUACCCAUAACAUUAUGGAUAAAUCGCUGCAGGGGUUCAAGACCCACAUUCUUGCAGGCCUCAAUUCCGGAAUGAGUAACCUCGUUAGGGAUUUCAACAAGGCAAUCACUGGCAUUGCCAACGCAAAGUUCGCAUGGGUUAUUGAUGUGGCGAAGUUGUUUCGGAAGGCAAAAAGUUCGUCGGACUUCAUCUCCUCCCCGUCGUUUUCUGUCUCCGAAUUCGCGUGGCAUGUGGAGGUGUACCCCAUCAACACAAGUGGAUACAACGCCGGUCACGUCGGUGUCUACCUUGUUUCGGAUGAAAGAAACAAGUGUGUGCGGGCCCAAGCAACCAUAGCUCUGGCUACCGGCCAAGCAGAGCUGCACUUCCAGGGUCUACUGGUCAGCAAGCAACAGCUAGAUGGAGUAUACAAUACAACCACGCGGACGGGGAUCGCUGGCGGCGUCGGCAAGCGCUUCGGCAAGGGGAACUUCAUCACGGCGGAGCGACUCAAGGUGCACCCCUUCGUCACCCUCGAAAUCGAAAUGGCGAAAAAUAUUACGACCAUCCUCUGCUAGCUGCGAAUACCGAUCGCGGGAUCAUGUACGUAGUUCAUCAAUUGAAUAUACAAAAGUAGACAACGCACAGAAAUUUCGGUCCGCGAAUAAUUCCAUCUCGCGGAGACGAUCAUCUGAUAAUUCUUCCGAAAGGCGACCGAUUAGACUUCUGGGCAGUCAGCGCUGCAGGCUUAAUUAUGUCAACACAAGCAUCAAACAGCAUCAGCUCCCGCACGACUUUAUUUUCCGCGCCAUUCUUUCAUGGAAGAU